AAUCGCAUUAAGCAGCUUUCUUUUCGUGUUUCCAAAGACAGAAAAAUUUAUUUUUGGUAAAAUAAUAAAAGGCUGAGUUUUCGUUUCAAGCUAAUAUAUACACUUUUUACAUUCUCGCCACCGCGCCGGCAACCGUCUUCACAUCACACUCACCAUCGUUUCCUCUUGUUCACGACCUAGUUCUUCAUUGUUCUCGCUGAUCUCAAUUCCCAUUUACGAUGACCAAACAACAUGCUAAUUGGUCUCCAUAUGACAACAAUGGAGGAUCAUGUGUUGCAAUAGCUGGAGCGGAUUACUGUGUGAUCGCGGCAGAUACGAGGAUGUCAACCGGUUACAACAUCCUCACUCGUGAUUACUCCAAGAUCUCCCAGCUAGCUGAGAAAUGUGUGAUGGCUUCUUCUGGUUUUCAAGCUGAUGUAAAAGCUUUGCAGAAGGUUUUAUCUGCUAAGCAUUUGACAUAUCAGCAUCAACACAACAAGGAAAUGAGUUGCCCUGCUAUGGCUCAGUUACUUUCAAACACACUUUAUUACAAACGCUUCUUUCCUUACUACGCUUUCAAUGUCUUGGGUGGCCUCGACAGUGAAGGAAAGGGAUGUGUCUUCACAUAUGAUGCUGUUGGUUCCUAUGAGAGGGUGGGAUAUAGCUCUCAGGGUUCUGGAUCCACACUCAUUAUGCCUUUUCUUGAUAACCAGCUCAAGUCCCCUAGUCCUCUUCUCUUACCUGCCAAGGAUGCUGUUACUCCAUUAUCUGAAACAGAAGCAGUAGAUUUGGUCAAAACUGUUUUUGCAUCUGCAACAGAGAGAGAUAUAUACACGGGUGAUAACCUUGAAAUUGUCAUCCUAAAUGCUAGUGGCAUUCGCCGUGAAUACAUGGACUUAAGGAAAGACUGAAUCUUUUAAACAGAAAUUAUUUUGUUCUUGCAAAGAAUGGGAUUGAGAAUGUUUGAAAUGGUCCUAGAAUUCUGAAUGUGGUACUGUAUUUUCCCAUUAAGUGAAACUAAGUGUUUCUAGUGAGAAACCAUUUUCAAAUUGAGCUUUGACUUUACAUAUUAUACAUUAUAUUGUAUGUUAUCCUAGCAUUUUUCUCCACUUUA